AUGUCUGCUCAAUCGAUUGCUGACCAUCCAAGGCGGCGCAUGGAUGCUCCUAUCAACGCCGAGAGACACGUCAAUAUUAUCUGUGUGGGAGCUGGCGCAUCGGGCCUCUUGCUCGCGUACAAGUUACAGAAACAUUUCCAGAACUUCUCCUUGACUGUCUACGAGAAGAACACGGAGGUGUCAGGCACGUGGUGGGAGAACAAAUACCCCGGCUGUGCGUGCGAUGUGCCAUCCCACAACUAUACUUGGAGUUUUGAGCCAAAACUAGACUGGUCCGGCGUCUACGCUGGUAGCCAGGAGAUUUUUGCAUAUUUCAACGACUUCUCCCGCAAAUACGGCCUAGGUAAAUAUAUCAAGACCGAGCAUCUCGUCUCCGGUGCCCACUGGAACCACCAGAAGGGCGGAUAUGAUGUGACGGCCAAGGACCUGAAAACCGGCAAGGAGGUCCACGAUCACUGCGACAUCCUCAUUAAUGCCAGCGGAAUUUUGAACAACUGGAGGUGGCCAGCAAUUCCAGGUCUUGACAAGUACAAGGGAAAGCUCCUGCACACAGCCAAUUGGGACGAUACUGUCUCGCUCGACGGCAAGCACGUCGGUCUUAUCGGUAAUGGAUCCUCCGGUAUCCAGGUCCUUCCAGCCAUCCGCGAGAAGGUUAGCCACGUGACCACGUUCAUCCGUGAGCCAACAUGGGUUUCACCAGUCCAAGGUCUAGAAGGUCAUGUUUACUCUCCGGAGGAGCUCCACGACUUUGCAACAAAGCCAGGAACCCUCACUGAAUACCGCAAAAACAUCGAGCGCGGUCUGAACGGCCAAUUCGGCAUCUUCCUGAAGGGUGCGCAACCAAACGUUGACACCAGGAAAUACAUGCUUGAGCAAAUGAAAGAGAAGAUCAACAACAAAUAUCUUGAGGAGAAGCUCAUUCCAGACUGGUCCGUUGGAUGCCGAAGACUUACACCUGGCAUCAACUACCUCGAGUCGCUCACUAAGCCGAACGUCACUGUCGUCUAUGGCGAAAUCAACGAGGUCACCGAGAAGGGCUGCCUCAGCGAUGACGGCCAGGAAUACCCUGUCGAUGUCCUCAUAUGCGCCACCGGCUUUGACACCACCUUCAAACCACGCUUUCCUCUCAUCGCUCCCAACGGCAAGAAUCUGCAAGAUGUCUGGUCGGGGGAGCCGCAAUCAUACCUCGGACUCGGUGCUGCCGGAUUCCCCAACUACAUGAUCUUCGUCGGCCCCAACUCACCAAUCGGCAACGGGCCGGUGUUAUCGGCGAUCGAGGCCCAGGCAGAUUACAUGCUGAAGAUGAUCGACCGUUUCCAGUCCCAGAAUAUCACCACCUUCGCUCCCCGCCAAGAGGCCGUCGACGACUUCAUCAACUUCAAGAACGAAUUCAUGACCAAGACCGUAUGGUUCGAUCCUUGCCGCUCGUGGUACAAAGCUGGACCAGACGCUCCCAUCACGGCGCUUUGGCCUGGAUCGACGCUCCACUACAUCGAGGCGCUCAUGGAGCCCCGCAUCGACGAUUGGGAAAUCAAGUAUGCGGGUAACAGAUUCACGUAUCUGGGUAAUGGAUACAGCCAGACAGAAUUGGACCCGACUGCCGACUGGGGGUACUAUAUCAGAGACCACGACGACGAUGGGCCAUUAAGCACAGGCGGAAAGAGGAAGCUGAUUUCGAAGAGUGGGACGAUGGCUGGUAAUUCCGGUGUUGUUUUUUCGGGCUAUAAGGAGGAGAAGGCGCAAUUGUAAACAUGUUAUAUAUCUAUCGAUUUGAAGAAUUUGUAUAUAGGCAAGAGGUC